CCCGAGGAAGGCCGGAAGUGUCCUAGACGGGAGGGGAGCGAGGCCUGCCGGGGCGGUGGAGGAGCUGGGACUGCAGCGCCUGCUCUCUGUGCAAUGCGGAGGGCGACUCUGGGUCUCCUUCAGCACGCGUCUUGCCCCGGAGCCAAGGAGGUUUUGAAGCGUAUAUGCCGAGGAUUGUAUUUAUCCCACUGCUGCAUGCACGCCUUUAUUUAUCUGUGCGUGUCCAGUCUCUGUUUCCUGGAUGCCCGUAAGGCUUAACUGAGUCACCUUAAAGGGAUCCAUAGCUUUCGGUGAUUUGGUCAUCAUUUCUCUAAAUUAUACCCCCAACUUGGCUCAGACUUUGCACGGUGUAAGAAUAUGGAGAGAGCUGCUGAAAAACGACUUGAACGCCAAGAAAAAUAAAACAGUACUGUGUGAGGUAAAACUCCUUGAAGCCCUCAUAAUGUUGCUAAAGUUUAAAUUCUCUCUUUUUUUUCCAGGUGGGACUAGUAGUACUUUUGUCCUAGGGGAGAAAUCUUGCUCUGUAAAAAGGAAGUGAGGAAAAAGAAAGCCUUUACGUUAUUUUCUCCAACAACAGCUGAACUUAGGGGAACUCUAGAGAGGGGUGGGCAGCCUUUUGUUUAUCGCAAAGAUAUCUUUAAGCCACCUGAGACCACACACCCCUCAUGAACUGGACUUGAGUCCAACCUGUGUGCCUCCUCCUCCCAAUCUGGCAGGGGCCUGACAGGGUCCUCACUAAUUGUAGCACUUGUAGCUACAAUCCCUAGAGGAUUGCUGAACCUUAAAGAAGCAAACCUUAAUCCCUCCAGCACAUUGCUGCUUUAGACUUUGGAAACAUAGGCUUCCUGGAUCUUUGAAACAACCCUGAUGAGUUGGGUUUCACAGCCUGAAAGAGCCAGCCAAUUUCACCUGAACUGUUGAUCCAGACUCACACAAAGGAGCAGUAUCUAUUCUUUGGACUGAUCUGAGUCCCCACCUCCAGAAGAAUCAUGGCUUCAGGAAGACCCAGCCAAAGAGAACUGGCAAACAGCUUUGGAUAGAGAGCCCCUAUCUUCUUUCUAGGGAUCCAUCUAAGACCAACCAUUGAGGACAUGACCUGGGCGGAGUGCUAACGUAGUUCACUACUGCAGAGAAAAGAUUAUUUUUUUCUCUUUCUGCCCUAGCCCUCUUCAAUCCAGAAAUUCUUGUGCAUAACCUUUUUUUUUCCAUUCCCAAAGUGUUGCCUGUUGAAAGUGUGUUCUGUGUGGGGGAAUGAAACAUCUUAUCCAUUUGUCUCCCUAUUUAUUAUGGCAAGAAGCCCCUAGUAUUCUUGCUUUCUUUUUAGUGGCAAGAAUCUGUUUUUCUCUUUCAGCCUUCUCCUUCUGUACCUGAAUGCAGUACAAAGUGAAUUGCUUCUUGAAAUCCCCCUCACUCUCUGAACUUGGUUUCACCUUUAAAUUGAAUGUGCUACUUUCUGAACUUCUCCAUCUCUCCAUGAAUUCAUUGGCCUAAAUUCCUCAUCAUAAAAUGGUGGUGAUGUUGCUGCCACUAGCUCUUGUUACCAAUCGUUAGCAAACUCUGUUGGCAAGCCACUGGGAAAUGAGUUAAGAAAGAAGUGGAACACUUUUGCUGGUUUAGAGACAGGCAAACCAAAGCCUGCAAAAUGAAUGAAAACAGAACAUCAUCUGAGAACAACAACACUGACGAGGAGGCAAAAGACUUUGCCGACAGCUUUAACCAGCUUGAACUACUGGAAACCCACCGGCAUCUUAUCCCCAGAGGAACACAGAGUCUUUGGUCUGGAGACUCUGAUGAGGAAGACCAGGAAGAAAAAACAGAGGAAUGGUACCAGGCACAAGAGAAAAAGUUGGCAAAUAGCCCAGACAAGCUUCUGCUUUGGGCAGCUGAAAAAAAUAGGCUUAACACAGUGCAAAGGCUCUUGUCUCAAAACCUUGCACCAAUAAAUGUCCAGGAUGAAGAUCAGUAUACUCCUCUUCACCGCGCUGCCUAUAAUGGACACUUGGAAAUGGUGCGUGAGCUGAUUGCUCAUGGUGCAGAUGUCCAUGCAUUGACCGUGGAUAGCUGGACACCUCUGCACAGUGCUUGCAAAUGGAAUAACACAAAAAUUGCCUCAUUCUUGCUCCAACAUGGGGCAAACGUCAAUGCUCAGACCAACGGGUUGCUUACACCCUUGCACUUGGCAGCCGGAAACAGAGAGAGCAAGGAAACUCUUGAACUGUUACUCAUGAAUCGAUAUUUAAAGCCAAAUCUCAAAAACAACUUGGAAGAGACGGCUUACGAUAUUGCUCGGAGGACUGAUAAAUAUCAUUACUUGUUUGAAAUCAUUGAACAUUGCACAAACUCUGUCACAGAUUCUUAGGAAUUGUAAACACAGCACACACUGCCAGAACGUUUGUAAGAAAUCUAUUUUGUCAUUGUAUUCUCAACGCUUUAUGUCAUAACUUUAUUCCUGCAGGUGCUGAAAUGAGGCCCUGUUGGGUAACACUGACAUUAUUUUUAUAAGAUAAGCUAUGCUACUCUUGUGGAACGUUUUCACUUUAACUUGAAAAAAUUGUUCUUUUGCUGCUUUCCCCGUUCAUUGUAGGAGAAAUGGAAAUCAUUCACAAGGCCCCAAAAUAACAUGUAAAUAUUCAGUUGGGGAAGCAAUACGGUUCAAAACCUUGGCUUCUCCUUUUUAAUGUGCGUGGAGUUUUAAUGAGACUGAUCAUUUUUGAUGGAGGAGAGCACUGAAUUUGAACUACUGCCGAAACUCGCAGCAUUCAUACAGAUAUUAAAGUUAGCAGCUGCCAGAAAUGGAGCUGCCUGGAUAUUAAUGUGAUGUGAUUCAGGUUUCCAAAAUCUACUUCAGUGACCUGGUGCAAUAUAAUAUACCUGUGUCUAAUCCCCUAGUGGCAAAACAUUACAUUUCAUAUACUCAGGUUUUGCUUUUUAAAGUGACAAUAUGGAUGUCUAUGUGUGGAUUUGUUUUGUUUGCACUACAUUAUUUACUGAUCAGAUUUCUGGGCCACAUUCCCCAAUCUAGUGCUUUUUACUUAUUUUAGAAUUUCACUAUCAGAAUUUCCAGCUAAUAUGUCUAGUGGUCAUGUUGACUGGCGGUUUGGGGAGUUGUAGUUACAGCACAUUCAGAAGUUAACAAAUUGGGAAAAGCUGUUGCAGGUCUUUGAUAAAUCACAUUUAGUUGUCCAGUUUUUAAAAAUGGUUUGUGUUCCUUCAGUAUCACUGCAAUUCACAAACACUUAUUAGUGAUAUUUCAAAGUUAUUUUCAGCAGCAGGAAACACUACAGCUGACUGGUCCAAAGAUUGCUUGGAAAUAUUUUAUUGCACAUCUGCUUGCCUUAAGUUAUGUUUUUGGAAGACUUUGGGUUGUCAUUCAGAACUCUGUGAAGUAAUCUAUAAUCAUACAUUUGGGUCACCAGCCCUAAAGAUACUUAGGGCUGGUUCACAUGUUUCUUUGAUACCCCUGAGAUUAAAUAUAUAUGAAAUUCAAUUAAUCUUCAUAUAUUGGUGAUCUCAAAAUCUGUUUAUAUUUUUUGCAAUUUAUUUGGAGUUCUAUCACAUAAAAAUUGCACAACUCUUUCAUGAGAUUUUAUUUGCAUGUACAUGGUUUUAUAUAUAGUAUGUGAAGCAGCAUUUGUGUGUGUUUCUGUGCAAUGAGGAGUGGAAAACGGGCUGAGUGUGGGAAUUAACUGAAGAAGUGAGUUUUCUGCCAAAAUGAUGAGUUUGUGAGAAUACAAGCAUCUUUUGCUGCAGCUCAAAUUUCUCAUGUGCACUCUGUCUGCUACUUUGAAUGCCUUCUGUGAACCAGCCCUGACCUAAAACAAAAUCCCUGUAAAUUGGGAUGUAUGUGGCUUGCUGUGGCAUGAUGUUGUUUCACUGUAAAAUUAGUUGUCUUGAUUCAUUAAAGUUAUUUCUGAAGAAGUGA